GAUCCCAAGCCUCCAUAUCUUACCAGGAGUGAACUCCAGGCACCAUGAGAAGUACACUGCUGCUCAUGGCUAUCCUGGUCCUGGGUGUCGGAAGGAGCUGCCAAGCUGUCUGUGAGGAAUCACAGGAACAAGGGGCAUUUGGUGGGGGUCACAGCAAGAAGGUCUUAGAUCUCUAUCAACUCCCUCCAUCCCUGCUCCGGAGGCUGUAUAACAGCCGAUCUCUCUCUCUGGAUGGGUUGCUGAGGCUGCUGAGCAAGACUAGUGUGGAUCCUAAGGAGUCCAUGGAUUUCCAGAAACGUGACAUGCAUGACUUCUUUGUGGGGCUCAUGGGAAAAAGGAAUAUACAAUCAGAACCACCUAUGGAGGUGAACCAAGAAAACUUCCCUGGUUUUGGUGAUCCCAAGUAUCCUCCCAAUUCAGAAUGA